UAUAUCAUAACGAAGCCACCCCGCCAUCUUAUUAAUUUUCUUCACAGAUCAUAACUUCUAAUUACCUCCAUCGAUCCUAUUAUAUAAACACGGCCAUUUUCCCCUUGUUAACUCCUACUCAUUUUCAGUUUUCUUUCCUCCUCCAUCGAUCCUAGAAAGAGACAAAAAGUGUUCAAAUUACAACCCUGCAACAUGGGUAACAACACGGCUGGCAAAGAGUCAAAACUCAGCAAGUACAUCAAGACGCCCAUUAGAAUCCUCGCCAAGAUCAGAGACUUCUAUAUCAAAGGCAUGACAGAAUGCUCCGGUCGCUUUGACUACGGCACGGGCACAGCCUUGGGCUGCCCCACGACCCAUAUAUCCACUCUGCCUAAGAGCUUCAGCACCAGCUCCGCCAGAUCGAGCAACAACAAUGAAGAUUUCCAGGACCUUGUGAGGGUUGCUUCUACUAGAAGCCUUGGCAAUAAGGUUCAGCAGCAGGCCGUCGUUGCCAAGUCUCCAACUACCACUGCACCUGAUAAUAUGCCUCGGAGCCGCAGCGUUGGUUUUGGGAGGAUCGAUGAAGACAAGCCCUGUGAAUUUGAAGAAGUUAUAAAGCUCGACGCAAAGGUUUAUCCAAGAAGCAGAAGCUAUGCUGUCUCUAGUUGAAGUAGGAAACAUAAUUUUUAAGCCGAUAUAUGGUAUGAGGAAAGAUGAUUGAAGAUCAAAGGGUGUGUUAGGCAUGUAUUACCAUAGGCAUGUUUUAAGGUCAAGAAGCAGAAGCUACGCUGUCUCUUUGGAUCAUUUAAAUUUUAGUAUACCGUUCCUUUUGUUCUUGUUAA